AUGGUCAUCCAAUUAUCAGACUGUGAACAUGAAGCAGCUGACACGAGGCUGAUGCUCCAUGCGGCACAUGCAGCAAAUUGCGGUCACCAAACCAUUGUUAUCAAGUCGCCAGACACGGAUGUCUUCAUUUUGGAACUGUACUCAAAGAUUUCUCUUCCAGAAACGUCAUUGUUUCUUUACACUGGCUCUAGUGAACACAGUAGAAUAUUAUUGCUUGAUGUAAUUUCAUCUUCAAUACCGCCCGAGCUUAGUUCUUCAUUUAGGUUGCGACUAUACAGCUCGUUGUUUGGGAAGGGAAAAGCGGAGGCCCUUAAACUAGCUCAAUCAAAUGAACAUUUUCUGCAGGCGUUUUCAGAGUUGGGAUCCACGGAAGAGGCUGAUCAUAAAGCUGUCACCACACUUGACAAAUUUACGUGUUCUCUCUUUGGUGAUUCGAAAGCUCAGACCGUGAAUGACGCGCGUUAUAACCUAUUCACACAGGGAAAAUUUGGUGAAUAUUGUUUGCCUCCCAAUAAAGAUGCCCUUGCUUUGCAUAUCGACCGCUGUAACUACGUCUCAUUCAUCUGGCGCCGUUGUCUGAAUCAAGAGAUCGGAGAUCCUGACUUUAGGAAUCAUGGUUGGGAAGUGGACGAAAGUGGCAAAGUAAGCGUGAAAUGGUUAUCUGGUCUACCCGCGAUGGACAACAUUCUCAAAUCCUCCAGCUGUAAGUGCAAAACCGGUUGUAAGACCAUACGAUGUGGUUGCAAGAAAGAAGACUUGGAAUGCACAGAGCUGUGCUUCUGCUGUGAUUGCCAAAAUCAGAAAUAUUCCAAUGCAGAUGAAAAUGACGAUGAUUUUUACCAAGAGGACUUUGAAAUUGACGAUAUUGACAUCGAAUGA